GAGAGUAGAAGACGUUGGGCGACAGCCUGGCAAGGACACUCCACCUCGUUUGUGUCAUGUGCAUACGUGAUUCAUGCAAACGCUCAAAUGUGAAUGUCCAAAUCGUAGUAGCAAUCAAGAGGCGUUCAUGAAUGAAGUGUAUUUUGAAUUGCGGAGAAAUAUGGACAGCUCGCGCGGCGUUGUGCAGCUUGUGAGGCCACACGCAUCGGAGCGCCCACGCGCCCAGUUAGUUGGCUGACGCUUCGGAUUCUCAGUCAGUUACUUUUCGGUCGUCAACUUGUCCCUGUAAAUCUGUACUUUUGGGAAGCGCUUUGAGACCAAGAAAAAGGAGAAACAGAAACAACUGCUGAAUUUGCUGAUAAGACGUUCAUGAUGGAUAUGCCUAAACGAAUGAUAGUUCUAUGUCUAACCUGUUCGCUCGGACCUAUGCUGUCUGUCCAGAUGUGUGAGGUCAGGUGGGAGCUGGAGGCAGAGAAAAUGGAGUGUUUGUCUAAGCUGGAAAACAUCACAUCAGGUUGCACAGGUGAAUGGGAUCUAGCAUGCUGGCCAUCAGCCAAGAUUGGAGAGGUGGUCACCAUCCCCUGUCCAAAUUACUUUAGCCAUGUUAGUGAUCAGAGAGGUACGAUAAUAUUGUUUCCAAUACAUGUUAAAAUGCAAUAUGUCUGAAACAAACCUUACAGUCUGGCUUCUUGUUUUUUCCUGAUCAGAUAGAAUGGAAUUACAGUGUUGUAUAAAGUGUAUAAAGUAUUUGUUAUACUUGAGUAAAAGUAAAGAUACCUUCAUGGAAAUUGACUCAAGUUAAAG